AUGAAGCAAGACUUGGUUGUCGCUGAAACCUCGGCCCACGCAUUAUACGAUACAAGCGACGGAGGCAACACAGACACAUUCAUGUGGUUAGCCGAUACCGCGCUGGUCGAGCUUCGUAAACGGUGGCCCGGUAGCACCAAGGACAUCACUAUAGCGUGCCUCGAGGUUAUUCGCGAGCGCCUCGCUACAAUUGAAGACGACUUAUCUAUUGCACCAGACGAGAUAGAGCCGUUCCUCGUUCUAAGCUCCCACUUGCUUCCAUCUUUCACAAACCCAGAAGAUCCGAACGAACCUCUCGCUAAAGAUGAAGCGAAGCAUUUCGUUGCGGAGAGUCUGAGAUUGUUGCGUGUUGCACGCCGCAAUGUAGUCGACGGGCUGGGGAGGACCUCGAUCCAGCAGGGUUCUUUCCCCGCGCUCCUUCAAGCCACAAUCGAUGCCCUUAAAAUCUUCUGCGACGGCAACAUUGCUCACGGCAAGGCGUUGAGAAACUAG